GGAAAGAGUUUCUCCAGCUGUCUAAUGCCGGGCUCUACGUGCCUUGGGAGGAACAUCUACCCUUAUGCCUCUAGCCAGGUCCCGAGAUCUUGACCAUUUCUGUCAAAAGCCGGAUACAAAUCCGCGUCAGAGGUAUUAUAUGUAUUAUAUGCACAGUACGGAUCCGUACAUACAUGCAAUAAUACGAAAUGCGUAUAUGCAGGUCAAUGGCUAGCUCGAUCCUAUUUCGAGCAAUUGCGCCGCCAGCAGCGGUUACCGCAUUUUCCAGAUCUCAUAUGAUCACUCCCCCUUGCUCUCUGCCUUCUGUUCCCUUCACGACGUUGUGUCUCAAUUAUCUGGUCAAGAAUAUCUAGGCCGGAGUCUGUCGGGCCCAUAUCCACCUCUGAACCUAUAGGAUCCACAGUGGGGCCGUCUCACGGAGCGGGUUCGGGAUCGAGAAACAUGGAUCACUAUAAUGCCGCGACGUCAGAACCCCCGCCCGCGGUGCCGGACGACACAACCGAAGCCUGCAGCCGCGCAGAUUCUGACGAGGACCCGCUUUCGGAGACCGUUACUGAUCCGACCCUGGAGCCGGGUCCCCACCUGGAAGAUCCGGACGAUUCGUCAUCUAGAAAUGCGCCAAGCAACUUCUCCGUCUCGCUGAGUGUCGAUAAUGAUACUGAUUCUGCCAUCGGAGGUGUCGAGCUGCCGUCUUCCAGUGUCUCCGCUUCCUCCAGCGUGUACGAGUUUGUUGAAGAAUAUGGACGGACCUUCCACAAGUACAAGGAAGGAAAAUACUUCAUGCCAAACGAUAUACCGGAGCAGGAGAGACUAGACUUGCAACAUGCAAUAGCCUGUAAGUUAUUCGGCAAGCUGGCCCUCGCCCCAGUCGAGAAUCCUCGACGCGUCCUUGAUAUCGGCACUGGCACCGGCAUCUGGGCAAUAGAAUUCGCCAACGAGCACCCCGAAUCCGACGUUCUAGGAACAGAUCUCAGCCCCAUCCAACCAGACUACGUCCCCCCAAACUGCCGCUUCGAGAUCGACGACGCCGAAGACGAAUGGGUCUUCCCGCACCACUUCGACCUGAUCCACGCGCGCUUCAUGUGCGGCUCCAUCGGCUCCUUCCCGACCACCUUCGAGCGCUGCCUCGCGCACCUCAACCCGGGCGGCUGGGCCGAGUUCCAGGACUACUACGUGCGCAUGCAGUGCAUCGACGGGUCCCUGCGCGGCACCGCGCUGCAGCGCUGGAACGAGCUGCUGCUCGACGGCGUCGCGCGCUCCGGCCGGAGCGGCCUGGCCGCCGCGCGGUUCCGCGCCCAGAUGAUCGACGCCGGGUUCGUCGACGUCGUCGAGAGGAAGUUCGCGCUGCCGGGUAACCCCUGGGCUAAGGGGCGGAGGGAGAAGGUGCUUGGGACGAUGCAGAUGACUAAUAUCCUGGAUGGGCUGCAUGGGAUAUCUAUUGGGCUGUUUACGAAGGUGCAUGGGAUGAGUGUCGAGGAGGUGGAGCUGUUGUUGGAUGAUGUGAGGAAGGACCUGAGGAAUAAGGAUAUCCAUUUUUACUAUAUAGUGAUGAGCGUUUAUGGGAGGAAGCCGGAGUAAGGGAAGGAAGGAAUUCGGAAUCGGCGUAUCUCGUGGUUUAUCGUGGGCAUGUCCUGCGAGUUUAAUAGCGGACUGGGCGCUGACAGAUCUAGGUACUUAUUCCCGCUUGGCGGGUCGAUGCCCAACUCGAUGUGCAAUCACUCCUGGAAGCUUAGUCGAGAUCAUGUUUCGAGGUUACGUCGCAGAGACGAGACUAUAGCAGAAUCUCUGUAGAGGGUAUUAGUCUAGGUUAUGCUGGCGAACAACCCAUCCGUAACACAAGACCGGCCAGGAUGCAUCUCAUGCACGGAUUGGUGACACAAUCACGGCAGCGCGAACCAAACAUGGGAGACAAUGUUCCUUGCC